AUGUUUUCAUCUUUCCCGACGACGAGGCAUUCUUUCUCGGAGAAUAAGAACGCCACGACGACCACGAAAGAGCAGCAACAACAAAAAGGGGACGAUUUUAACGCCUACGGCGCGUUCAGUUGGUCUUCGAGAGCAUCGCGUUCUUCUUCUUCUUCUGGGGGGGGUCUUUUGAAGAGUGAAAAUCACGACGAGGUCGACGGGGAAGCGCAACACCAAAAUGUACCGUCGUCCGCAUCGCCGAGCGCGAAGAAGAAGUCGAACAACAACAACAACAACGCGUCGUCGUCGAGAGCACGAGGAGCAAAAACGACGACUUCACAGUCUUCUUUAUUGAGGAACAACAGUUUAACGAAAUCCCCGCGUUCACCGAAAGACCCGUUCGAUGAAGAAACGUACACGUUCAAAGAGGAAGCGCUUUUUCCCGUCAGCGAGAGGAUCAACGAGUGCUUACGAUUGGUCGCGGAAGGCGACGCGCCGUGGGAGACGCCGAAAGUCACGGCGAUAUGUUUAGCCUCCAACGAAGACGUGGUCUCAGAGAAGCAACCGGUAGGGACGAAUAAGUAUCGACGGAAAGCAGGGACGAUUAUCAUUAACGAGGAUUUCAUGGAGCAAGGGUAUAACGGAGGGAAGACGACGAGCGGGAAGGCGAGGACGGGGGAUUGCAUCGUGACCAAAGGCGGAGGGUUACCUGGGGUGGAACAUUUAGUGCAUUGCGUGGUGCCGAGAUACGUGGCGAGGUAUAAGACAGCCGCGGAGACCGCGUUGGUGCACUGUUAUCGAAACGCGCUGAGCAUGUGCAUAGAAGAUGAAGUCGGAUCCAGGAACAUCGGGUUGACCUUGUUGCAUAGGGACGAGAGGAAGUGUUACCCGAGGAGAGAAGGCGCGGAGGUGUUGGCGAGAACGGUGAGGAGGUUUUUGGAGAAAUGGGUGCAUAAAUUCGAAAGCGUGGUGAUUUUAUUUCCCGACGAGGAGACGAAAGCGUAUUACGAGAAGGAGGUGUUGCCGAUCUACUUUCCGAGGAACUUGAUCGAGUUGCAGCGGAGUCGAGAGGAGGCGAUGGAGUGCGACGAAAACGGGGAGAGGGUGAUUGUCGGGAGAACGAUUUCGAUCGACGCGUUUCCGAGUCGACACGAUUCUAGGGAUAGUCGUGAUGAUGAUGAUGAUGUCGAUGGUGGCUUUGAAGGAGAACGGGCGGCGACGAUGGGGAGUCGAUCGGAGUCGAUGGACAAUAACGGAGCAAUGAGCGAAGACUCGAGCGUCGGCGAAGACGAAGAUCUCGGGACGAAUACCGAAAAAAGUACCAAUCCUACAACUUUGCAACCACAACAACAGGAAGGGAGAAAGAGCGUAGAGAUAACGAUAGGUUACAAAGGCGGGCGACGCUGGCAGCACGGGAAAGGCUUGUUGAAAUCCGAUAAACACUCCCUCUCAAACAAGUCCAUGAACAACUUAUCGGAAGUGUUGAACGUGCCUCUCGGCGUGACCAUCGCGACGCCAGCGACGGGUGCGACGUUUAUAUCGCAACAUGAAACACCAGAAGAACGCAGAGCGCGAGUAGUGUCGAUAAGUCAAGGUAACAUCGAACCGUGGUUGUUGUUAAACGAGGCAACGAAAUUGAACGCGAAUUUCGACAAGUGCUUGUCCUCGGUCGAAGAUACGACGACUUUAGAAAACGAAGAGAUUGAGUAUGCGAAACUGUUACGCGUCGCUUCGCACUCUCUCGAUCAACUCAACGUGCUCGAAUCUGCCACCAGAGCGGUGACAGUAGAAAAGCACGCCGACUUUGCCGGUAGGCGGAUCAUCACCAUUGUCGGCGCGUUUGCCGAGCGAAUGCUUCGCGAAGGCGAAGGCGAUUUGUUAGCCAUGUCGCUUGCAAAUAACGUCGUCAACGCGUCGCAAGAAGGCGCUGCGUCUGGUUUUAUCAUCAUCUACCACCACACGGGACAAAAUAGCGAUUCAUUGACGUCCGAGCAGUUUGAAAUGCUUUUAUCCAAAGCGUUAGGACCGGCGCAUUGCCAAGCGCAAUUGAAAGCGUUAUACGUGGUCCAUCCGGGGACGAAAAUGAAAGCGCAGUGCUGGUGGUCGAGCUUGGGUAUCAAUCGAAACGACGGCGCGUGCGCAGCUCUAGGCAAAGCCGUAUAUGUGAACACGUUGGAAGAAUUGAACGCGUACGUGAGAGUGCAAGGAGGCGAGGAAUUGGAUGUUCCCGCGCACGUGAAGGAUUUUGACGCAAACGUCGCGGCGAAAGGAUCGUGGUACUAA